CAAGGGCUCAAGCUCCCUCUCCUUUAUGCUCCCCAGACCACCAUGAGGGGCGAGCAGCUGUCCACGCCAGCCUUGCUUCUGCUGCUCCUGCUCCUUCCCGGAGAUGCCUCGGCUACUGCAAAACCGCAGUACGCGGUGCUGAUGCCCUCCGUGAUCUACGCAGGAGCUGCUGAACAGGUCUGUGUCAACCUCCAGCGUCUGAAUGAGACGGUGACGCUCAGUGUAAGUCUGGAGGACAAUGCCCAGCACCAGAGCCUCCUGGCAGACCUGACGGUGGAGAAGGACGCCUUCCACUGCAGACCCUUCAUGAUCCCACAGUCACCAUCCUCCUUCUCAGCAUUCAUCACCGUGCAGGUAAAAGGGCCAACCCAGCUCUUUGUGAAGAGGAAGUCAAUGCACGUGGUCACAGCGGAGAAUCUAGUCUUUGUCCAGACAGACAAACCCCUGUAUAAACCAGCACAAACAGUGAAAUUCCGCAUUGUCUCCAUGGAUGUCAAUUUUCAUCCACUGGAUGAAACGUUCCCAGUUGUGUACAUUCAGAAUCCCUCGAGGAACCGAAUUUUUCAAUGGCAAAAUCUCAGGCUACAAGGAGGACUGAGCCAGCAAUCUUUCCCACUGUCAGUGGAGCCAUCUCUGGGCACCUACAAGGUUAUAGUGAUGAAAGAGUCAGGAAAAAAAAUAGAGCAUUCCUUUGAGGUGAAAGAAUAUGUUCUGCCCAAAUUUGAGGUGCAAGUAAAAGUACCCAAAACCAUUGCAUUUGUAGACGAGGAAUUCGAGGUAUCCGCCUGUGGCCUAUACACAUAUGGGAAGCCUGUGCCUGGCCUGGUAACAAUUAAUGUAUGCAGAAGAUAUGCAACGUUCCAUUCCACCUGCUAUGGUAGUCAUUCACAAAGUAUCUGUGAAGAAUUCAGCCAACAGGCAGACAAUAAAGGAUGCUUCACACAACUCAUAAAAACCAAAGUAUUUCAGCUGAGACAAAGAGGGUAUGACAUGACAAUACAAGUGGAAGCCAAGGUCAGAGAGGAGGGAACAGGGCUUGAAUUAACAGGUUAUGGAUCAAGUGAAAUCACAAAUGUCUUAAGUACACUGAAAUUUACUAAAGUAGAUUCACAUUACAGACGUGGAAUACCUUUCUUUGGGCAGGUUCUUCUUGUCGAUGCAAAGGAUCAGCCAAUGCCCAAUAAGAAUAUAACUGUGGAUGUGCAUGUAGCUGGGUACCAUGCCACCUUUACUACCAAUGAGCGUGGCUUGGCCGACAUCUCCAUUGACACUACCAACUUCACAUCCUCCUUCAUGACAGUUGUUGUCACUUACAGACAGACUACCUUCUGUUUCACUGCCUGGUGGCUCGAUGAACAUCACACACAAGCACAGCAUUCUGUCAACCACAUCUUUUCCCCAAGCAAGAGUUACGUCCACCUCGAACUUGUUCCUGGUACUUUGUCCUGUGGGCAAACUCAGGAGAUGCGGGCACACUACAUCUUGAAUGAAGAGAUCCUGAAGGGUGAAAAAGAGUUAGCCUUCUAUUCUGUGUUCAAAGCAAGAGGAAGCAUCGCCAGAUCGGGCAUCCACGUGCUGUUCUUUGGGCCAGGAAACAUGAACGGGGUCUUUCCCUUGUCCUUUCAAGUGGAAGCAGACAUCGCCCCCAGCGUUGAAUUGCUCAUAUACACGAUUUUGCCUAAUGGAGAAAUUGUUGCAGACACCCAAACGCUCGAAAUUGAAAACUGUUUUGCCAAUAAGGUAAAUUUGAGUUUCUCUUCAGCUCAGAGCCUGCCAGCCUCAGACACCCACCUGAAGGUCACGGCCACUCCGCUGUCCCUCUGCGCCCUCCGCGCAGUGGACCAGAGUGUGUUUCUGAUGAAGCCAGAAGAUGAACUCUCGGCUCAGUCAGUGUAUAACUUGCUACCAGCAAAGGCUCUCCCUAGCAUGGGUUAUGUAAACCCGACGGCUGAGGAUGAGGAAAGCUGCCUCAAUGCCGAUGAGAUCGUUCACAACGGGGUCGUUUACACGCCAAAGCAGGACAUGAGCGACGAUGAUGUUUUCAGCAUUUUUAAGUCUAUAGGAUUAAAUAUUUUUACCAACUCUAAAAUCCAUAAGCCACGUUUUUGUCAACUGCCUCAACCUUAUCCAGAAGUCCCUAUGGGCUAUGGAGCACCUAUGGCCUACGCAGUAGAAUCGUCUAUGGACUAUAGAAGAGUAGUCCCACAACCUAUGGCAGGAAUGCUUCACCCAAUGCCCAUGACAGCAGAGACUUCUGCCACGCAAGUGAGAGAGACCGUCCGCAAACAUUUCCCUGAGACGUGGAUCUGGGAUUUGGUGGCCCUUGACUCCUCGGGUGGCACUGAGCUGGCGGUCACCGUCCCCGACUCCAUCACGGAGUGGAAGGCCAGCGCGCUGUGCUUGUCCAGGGCCACGGGGUUCGGCCUGUCCCCCACCAUCUCUCUUCAGGCCUUCCAGCCCUUCUUCCUGGAGCUCACCCUGCCCUACUCUGUCGUGCGAGGAGAAGCCUUCACCCUCAAAGACACGGUGGUGGCUCUCCAGGCCCUCUCCAAGUACGGAGCAGCGACUUUCACAAAGAGCGAGAAAGAAGCUUUGGUCACCAUCAAGUCUCUAGGGGCCUUCUCUCAGAACUUCCACGUCAGUGCCAACAACCGCCUGCUGCUGCACCAAGUCCGCUUGCCCGACGUCCCGGGGGAUUAUGUAACCAUGGUGUCAGGGUCAGGUUGCGUGUACCUCCAGACCUCCCUAAGAUACAACAUCCUGGCAACGAAGGAGGGGAAAGCGCCGUUCACUCUGCACGUUGAUACUCUUCCCAAAACCUGUGAUGGAGAAGCUGCUCAGAAACAAUUCCAAAUCCACAUCAAUGUAAGUUACACUGGGGAACGACCCAGUUCCAACAUGGUCAUUGUUGAUGUGAAGAUGGUGUCAGGCUUUAUACCUGUGAAGCCAUCCGUGAAAAAGCUCCAAGCCCAGCCUGACAUCCAGAGGACUGAAGUGAGCACCAACCACGUUCUCAUUUACUUUGAAAAGCUAACUAAGGAAAUCCUGAGUUUCUCCUUCUUGGUGGAACAGGACAUCCUGGUGAAGAAUUUAAAGCCGGCUCCAGUAAAGGUCUAUGAUUAUUAUGAGAAAGAUGAAUUCGCUAUUGAAGAAUACAGAGCCCCUUGCAGUGCUGGAUCUAAUGAAGGAAAUGCUUGAAAAUGGAGACUUGUGAGUUUUAUUAGAUGGACUUCUCCAGAAAUGAAGAACAAAGACUGGUUAGAAGAGAGGAUUGCAAAAUAAGAAGGAUGAGGAGGAGGGAAGGGAAUCAUAAAUACAUAAAAUCUAUAUGUUGAAUAAAUUUGUGACAUUUAUAAUUCUAUUACAUUUUCUUUUGUACACUUAUUUUAUUUCCCUUCUGAAGUAACUUUUUUAAAUCUCCAUAGCACUUUAAUAAAAUCAGAUUUUUGUAA